AUGAUACUGUAUAUGCUUUACUGCGUAAAGCAGCUGGACUGGAAAAACCAAGCGGCAGACACUGCCUUGAACACGCUAAUGCGGCCGUCUUGGGCAAUCGCCAUUGGCUGGAUUGUUCUUGCCUGCGUGCACGGAUACGGGGGCCCUAUCAACUGGUUCCUCUCUUUGCCCAUGUGGCAACUCCCAAGCCGGAUCAGCUACGGAAUGUACUUGUUUCAUUACCCAAUUAUGCUCGUCGUCAGUGGCACCGCUCUCUCCCCGCAAUACUUUUCAGUAGCAAACGUUAUUUACCAGUUCCUGUCGUAUUUCUCGCUGACCUUUAUAGUGUCAUUCGUUUUCACUGUAGUCAUUGAUGCGCCGUUUACGGUUAUAUUCAAGCGUUUC